CAGUGUGAAACCAGAUGAGUCACUAGACAGAGAGAAGUCAGAAGAAAGUGUUUUUGUUUUUUGAUUUUCAAGUCCUUUGCUUUAUCUUCCGUUAGUGUAAUGCGGUUUAAAAGCCAGACAAAAUAUUUUGAAAUUAAACAAAAUCAGUUUUUUCUACUCUUUUCUUUGAUUACUUGACUUCUCGGCCGGGGACCGACAGAUGUUUUCGGAUACGAUAUGUUCUUCCUGCUGGUGUUGUAACAUUUGGGAGGAUAUGGGAGCCGACAUAAAAAGGAAAAACGCAAUAACAGAAAGUAGCAAUAAUAUUAAAUUCGCUGAUAGAUAAUAAAUGGCCAGGACCGUACAUUCAUUCUAAGAAACUACAAAAUACUAUAUAACCUUAUGUCAUAAGCACGUUCUAGCAGACAUGGAAUACUUCCCUUUGCAGUACAAUGCGCCAACUGUGCUUCCACCAAGUGCAUCCCCACGGGUGGAGCACUCAGCUCUACUCAACGGUCAUGGAGAAAUGGAUAAAAUCGAGGUGAAGCGGUCUCCGCUCGCAGUACACCUUGGAGAAGAGGAAGUGGAGGUGGAGGUUUACUACUGUGGCGUCAACUUCACGGACAACUACUUACGUUUGGGCAUCAUUAGGAACAGCGACUUCCCAGUCAUUAUGGGCAGCGAGUGUUCUGGGAUCAUAAUGAGAGUGGGUGCUGGCGUCACAGACAUAAAGAUAGGACAAGGAGUCCUGGUUUUAAAGAUGCACGGCGGUUUGUUUCGUCGUGCGGUCAACGUGCCGAGGAAAAACUGCUUCGUGCUUCCGGAUAACAUCAGCUUGAGAAGCGCAGUUGCUUUGGGUCUUAACUCGUUGAUGGCACACCUGUGUCUGUUCGAACUAGGUGGUCUCAGAGAGGGGCAAACUGUGUUCAUGCAGUCCAUAGCAGGUGGCGUCGGCACAUCUGUUAUCCAGUUAGCCCGGACUGUUCCAAAUGUCACAGUCUUAGGGACAGCUUCAGAGUCCAAACAUAAAAGAGCAUUAGCUCUCGGAGUGAAUCGAAUUUUCCACCACAAGGAAAAGUAUUUUGACAAGAUCUCCAAAGAAUAUCCUGAUGGCGCCGAUAUUAUCAUAAACAGUAACGGCGGAAGAGACAUGGAAAAGUGUUUGAAAUUCCUAAAACCUUGUGGAAGAUUAAUAAACAUAGGUACAAAUAGCACAGUUGUAUACCCAAAAGCAGUUACAUGGCGAGGGAAAAUGCCUACAUGGGAUUGCAGAUCCAUAUGUACCACUCCUUUAAUCCAAAAGAGCCAGAAGGUAGUCGGUGUAAACAUUGGAUACUUUCUGGAACGUUACCCACAGAAGGUGCAGUCAAUACUGAAUCGCAUAUUUGAACUGCGUGCACUGUGGAAGAUCAGGCCUUGCAUCCACUCCAAAAUCGAAAUCGAACAGGUGACAACCGCGAUAGAGCUGCUGUGCAACAGGGAAAACUAUGGCAAAGUGAUACUCGUUGCUCAAGACGAACCUUUCCUACUAAACGAACCUGGACAUAGAAUCUCAAGCCCUACGGAAACUGUUCCAGGAAGUUCUCCGCACGCGAAACAAGAGCAUAACUCGGCGAUGUCUGCGGAGAAGGAAGGUGCUGUAGCUACGAAACAAACGGAAACCACCGAAUCCCUACGUAAGGAUGUUGAUGAAAACAUUGCUGAACAUACGGUCAACGAACACAGCUGACAGUACGCUACAAACGGUCACAUUCUCCAGAUUUUGUACGGUUUUUAGCCUUCUGACGUCCUGAAACUUAACUGUCCUAUAAAUGUUUUCUUUUAAAACCUCAGUGUUGUCCUGAUUCUCGUGAAGACAAAACUGCCUUGCAAAUGUUAGUCCUCCGGUAGUGUACAAAGCAAGCGUCAAAUUUUAAAUGUUUUAAACUAUUUAUAGAAAAAAGAAUCGUCUCUUGUGUAUGUAAUAAGAUAUUUCAAUAAAGUCAAUAAUUUUGGAAAGUGCUCA